CUAAUCCAAAACUUUGACAAACAACCCCUCAAGGACUCAAAUUCUUUUUUGUGUGUUGAAUAUUUGAAUUUGGUCUGACGAUGGAUUUUAAGGUACCGCUUAAUUUCCAGGAAACUUCCUAAAACCAAGAAUUUGCAACGCGUUUUUUGAAAAUUUGUCCGUUUCCAUAUCAUCACCCACCGAUCGACUGCCCCCGCGAUCUGAAUCAACUUCAUCAACGAUGGCUUCAUCGAUCUACUGCUGCAAAGAGUGCGGCGUUAAUCUUAACCUCAACGCAGCGCACUUAUACCCGGUUAGCUUCUACUUCGAGGCGGGCAAUAAGGGCACUCUCUCCUUCUCUUCCGUGGACGCCACCAAGUUCAGGUUCGAGAAGGAGGACAAGAUCAGGCCAUUUUUUGAGACCCUUAAUUACUGGGGAAUCCAGAGGAAGAGGACCAAGAUCAAGUGCAACGGAUGCGGCAGACUCCUGGGCUAUGUUUACGACGAUGGUCCUCCUCUUACUGACAGUCCCGGUCAGUUCCAUUUUGGACCGAGCCAGGUCAUCCCUCGGGCCCCUCGCUACCGCUUCAAGACCAAGGCUCUUCGGAUCUCCUCCUAUACUUGAACAUUUUGUGUUCAUCAUGGGUUCUUCAUCUUAUUGUAUCUUGUGUAUUAUACUGUCGUCUUGGUGUUUUAUAGUUAUAUUUGUGGGAAUAAUUUGGAUUUGCUAGAGCAUAUUUACGUGAAGAAUUAUAGUCGAAUUGCAUUUUUUUUCUCAAAA